CCCAGAACCAGGAAACGGGAAUCUCGGGGAAAAGAGAAACUGAAGUGUGUUUGUUUCUCUGUAUUCGGGCAGUAAAAUGGCAGAAACCAGAUUUUCUCAGGAUGAGUUCAUAUGUCCAGUGUGUCUGGAGCUAUUCAAGGACCCAGUGACGAUUUCCUGUGGCCACAGUUACUGUAAGAGCUGUAUUGCAGGCCACUGGGAUCUGGAGGAUCGGUUCAGAGUCUACAGCUGUCCUCAGUGCAGACAGACCUUCGAUCCAAGACCUGCUUUAGGUAAAAACACCAUCCUGGCAGAAGUGGUGGAGAAAUUGAAGAAGACUAAUAUUCUUGCUGACUGUUACGCUGGAGCUGGAGAUGUGCAGUGUGACAUCUGUACUGGAAAAAAAUACAAAGCUGUCACGUCCUGUCUUGUGUGUCUGAGCUCUUACUGUCAAACCCAUCUUGAACAACAUGAGAGCUUCUUUAAAGAGAAGAAACACAAUUUAACUGAGGUCACCGGACGACUUCAGGAGAUGAUCUGCCGUGAACAUGACAAACAGCUGGACAUGUACUGUAUUACCGACCAACAAUGCAUUUGUGUACUGUGUACAAAAUAUGAGCAUAAAAACCACAACACUGAAUCUGCUGCAUCCCAGAGGACAAAGAAACAGAUGCAGGUGAAGGAGAUACAGAGAAGGUUUCAGCAAAGAAUCCAGCAGAGAGAGAAAGAUCUUCAGCAGCUGAGAGAGUCUGUGGAGUCUCAUAAGCGCUCAGCACAGACAGCAAUGGAGCACAGUGAGAGGAUCUUCACUGAGCUAAUCCUCUCCAUUGAAAAACGACGCUCUGAGCUGAUUCAGCAGAUGAGAGAUCGGGAAAAGUCUGAAGUGAGUCGAGCUGAAGAACGACUGAGGCAACUCAAGCAGGAGAUCAAUGAUCUGAGGAGGAGACAUGCUGAGCUCGACCAGCUUUCAAAAACACAGGAUCACAUCCUUUUCCUACAGAGCUUCCAGUCUCUGUCAGCACCUCCUGAAUCUACGAAUGUAAAUGACAACACCUUCAUUUCUCUAUUCUCUUUCGAUGGCGUGAGAGAAUCUGUCAGUCAGCUGAGACACAAACUGCAGGUUUUCUGCAAAGAAGAGCUCAAAAAGAUCUCGGACAGAGGUAAAUUCCUGUCCACACAGAUGUUCAGAUUCACCAACAUUGCUCCCAGGACCAGGACUGAGUUCCUCCAAUAUUCUCAUCACCUCACUCUGGAUACAAACACUGUGAAUAAAGGCCUCCACCUGUCUGUGAAGAACCGAACGAUUGAAUAUACUGUUGAAAAGCAGCCAUAUCCUGAUCAUCCAAACCGAUUUGAUUAUUAUCGUCAGGUGUUGUGUAGAGAGAGUGUGUGUGGACGCUGUUACUGGGAGAUUGAGUGGAUGGGAUAUGUGGAUAUAUCAGUGUCAUAUAAGAGCAUCGGCAGGAAGGGGCGGGGUGAUGAAAAUUGGUUUGGACGUAACGAUCAGUCCUGGAGUUUGUUCUGCUCUCCCUCCGGUUACUCAUUAAGACACAACAACAAAAAGACAGAUCUCCAUGUGAAGCCCAUCAGCAGUAGAAUAGGAGUGUAUGUGGAUGGGAGCGCAGGAACUCUGUCCUUCUACAGCGUCUCUGACACAAUGAGCCUCAUCCACACAGUCCAGACCACAUUCACUCAACCGCUUUAUCCUGGGUUUGGGGUUGAUUAUUAUGAAUCAUCUGUGAAGUUGUGUUGGUGAAUCAGAAAAAAAUGUAGAGAUGUUCUAGCCAUAAUAAUUUGAGCUGCGUGAAGAGUUCUUCUUAAAAUGUUAUACAAAAAGUGUUUCUUGAAAUUUUACUGUAAAACAUUCUCUGUAAGAUGUAAAUCUUUUGCAGUCACCCAUUAGUAAUUAAUACAAGAUACCUGUCAGUCA